AUGUUGAACUCCGAUCAGACUGACCUAGACCUGAACCCCAGCUCUUCGGAAAGCGAGUCGGUGCUGUCCGAUGCUCGGGGAGGCUGCGUGCGGGACAAGCCAGAUGAGGCCGAAGGCAAGCGGGGAGUCCAGCAGACACUGAGCCGGGAAGAGAAGCGCCGCCGGCGGCGAGCCACUGCCAAGUACCGCACGGCUCACGCAACCCGGGAGCGCAUCAGGGUGGAGGCCUUCAACGUGGCGUUCGCAGAACUUCGCAAACUGCUGCCAACUCUGCCCCCCGAUAAAAAGCUCUCCAAAAUCGAGAUCCUCCGCCUGGCCAUCUGUUACAUUUCCUACCUGAACCAUGUCCUGGAUGUCUAG